ACUGCAGGCACUUAUAAUAGAAGCGGCCGUUUCUCCUAGUGGACCUUUCUGUGCAAGUCCGCAUUGGAUACCCGCGGUACUUUUGCUGCACUUAUCAUCUCCGUUAUAGAAAUCCUUAUUUGCGGAGGGCCUUUUUUUUCUCUCUCCCUUCCAAACCCCGGCUCUUUUCUUUUUGGUUUUAGCAUCAUCAUCCCAGAGUCUAAGCUUUCUUCAAUCCCCACCGAUCAAGCUCAGCGUACACAAAGACAAAGUCACAAAGUUCAAGUCGACGCCUUUUUAUCAGCAACCCCAUCCCCUGGCAAUCCUCACUCGUAAACCCCCCCCCCCCCCACCAUGGGCAGGCCAUCAGACGCAAACCUCCCAGAGGUCGUGCCGGGCGACUUUCCGCAGACGGUGCCGGACAGCUCCCCGCAGGCCCUGACGGCCGCCGAGGCCGAGGCGCACCGGCCGCGGCUCGGCGACGCGCACCUGUACCCGGACGGGGUCGAGGUGGUGGACUAUCCAAAGUACAUCGAGGUGCCCGUCGGGCUCGAGGCGGCCCACCAAAACCCCUACUCGCCGUCGGCGCCCAGCAGCGCGCCGUGGGAGCCCAUUUCGGCCGUCGACAGGCUCCAGGCGGGUAGGGUGGACAGCCACGGCAGCCAGGCCGACAGCGACGAUGCCGUCAAGCCCACGCCCAAGACCAUCUGGGGCCUGCCGCCCAAGCAUUUCUAUCUCCUCAUCGCGGUGCUGCUGCUGCUUGCCGUGGCCAUCGGGGCUGGCGUGGGCGCCGGCGUCACAGCUGCUAAUAAUAGGGCGGCACAGCGGGAGACUCAGGGGGAUGGGGGUAGUGCGUCGAGCGACAAUGGGAGUGGAAGCAGCCCCAGGCCGACAACGACAGGCCCAAAGCCCCUGACGCCGACGGGGACUCCCUACGACCCACCGCUGAACGAGUCGGACCCGGACGGGCCGUUUGUGUUCCAGGGCUGGUCUGGGGCAAACUUUACGGGCAACAUGACCAUCAAGUACCGCAAGUACGGCAUCUUCGACCUCGAAUUCCCCGUCAUCAGCUACGUCUGGGACCCCAACGGAUACACCUGCUGCAUCUCAUUCUGCGCCAACAACACCGACACGAGCGGCAAGUACCGCUGCCAGUACAGAAAGCAGGAGUUGGCCUCUGCUCACUUUGGUCGCAUUCACACCUACUGCGGGGGCAACGAUAUCACAAAAUCAGCCAUGUCCUGUUCUUGAGUGGACAAGCGAGAGAAAGAGCAGAGAAAAAAAAUGUUUUAUUCCCAGAAUGCUUGUUAGCAGAUUAUGAUUGAUGAUGUUGUUGCUAUUUCUAGGACUUGGAUGUAUAUUGAUUGGAUUGAUUGAUGACCUAGCCUUUGCCAGAAAAGAGCACCGACGCUGCGUCCCAGUUACCCUCUGAAUGUUGAUGUUCUC